AUGAACGGCAUCAAGGACGUCAGACCAGACCCGACCGCCGACCUCCACUGGUCUGACUACAGAGGAGCUAUCCACGAGAUCUUUCAUGCGAACGCGCUCAAGCAUCCAGAGCGCUUGUGUGUUGUGGAGACAGCCAGCAGCACUAGUCCAAGACGAGAAUUCUCGUAUAGGCAGAUUGAUCAGGCCUCGAAUCAGCUCGCAUUCCAUCUAUUUCAGAAUGGAAUUGAGCGCGGAGACGUGGUGAUGACAUACGCUCACCGGGGCGUAGAUCUUGUUGUGGCGGUCAUGGGCAUUCUGAAAGCCGGCGCUACCUUCAGCGUGCUAGAUCCGCAGUAUCCAGCGGACAGGCAGAUCAUCUAUCUCGAUGUCUCCAAGCCGAGGGCGCUGAUUAACAUCGCGAAAGCAACGGAAGAGGCGGGACAGAUCUCGGAGAAAGUGAGAUCUUAUAUCACGGAUAACCUGCAGCUGCGGACCGAAGUACCUGCGCUGAAGCUGCACGACGACGGUACUCUUACAGGAGGUUCAAUUGAUGGCGGUAAAGAUGUCUUGGAUGCUCAGGUCACCUUUAAGGCCGACCUUCCGGGCGUUGUUGUAGGCCCAGAUUCCACGCCGACGCUUUCGUUUACCUCUGGCUCCGAAGGCCGACCAAAAGGUGUCAAGGGAAGGCACUUCUCAUUGGCCUACUACUUCCCAUGGAUGGCGGAGACAUUUGGACUCUCAGAGAACGACAGGUUCACCAUGUGCUCUGGCAUAGCGCACGAUCCUAUCCAGAGAGAUAUCUUUACUCCACUGUUUCUAGGUGCGCAUCUCCUAGUGCCUUCUAGAGAGGACAUUCAACACGAAAAGCUCGCCGAGUGGUUUUGCGCGAACGGAGCCACCGUAACCCAUUUGACUCCGGCAAUGGGCCAAAUUCUGGUUGGCGGAGCCAGCUGCCAGUUUCCUGCUUUGAAGAACGCCUUCUUCGUGGGAGACAUUCUCAUCAAACGGGACUGCCGCCGAAUGCAAGAACUUGCUCCAAACUGCCGCAUCAUUAACAUGUACGGUACUACUGAGACCCAGCGCGCCGUUAGCUAUUUCGCUAUACCUAGCCAAGCCCAGGAGCCUGACUACCUUGACAGUCUGGGAGACGUGAUCCCGGCUGGCAGAGGCAUGAAGGACGUGCAGCUUCUGGUAGUCGACAGGACAAACCGGGAUAGGCUCUGCGAUGUAGGUGAAAGUGGCGAGAUCUACGUCCGAGCCGGAGGCCUUGCGGAAGGGUAUCUUGCCCUCGACGAAGUGACCAAGGAGAAGUUCGUCCCGAACUGGUUUGUCGAGAACAACCAGUGGGUAGAGCAGGAUGAGCAGCGGGUCAAGGCUCGGGAAAAGCCGGAACCCUGGCGCGAGUUCUACAAAGGCCCACGGGACAGGCUGUAUCGCAGCGGUGACCUGGGCAGAUACCGUCCAGAUGGCAACGUGGAGUGUACUGGUAGGGCCGACAACCAAGUCAAGAUCAGGGGCUUCAGGAUAGAACUCGGCGAGAUUGACACGCAUCUGUCGCAACAUCCGCUUGUCAGAGAAAACGUCACGCUCGUACGACGGGACAAAGACGAAGAGCCGACGCUCGUCUCCUACAUUGUGCCUGAGAUGAAGCGCUGGCAACAAUGGGUGAAAGAGAGGGAGAGGAGGAACAGCCUGAGCAUAAGCUCCGAUGAGGAUAGCAUGGUUGCGCGCUUGAAGAGAUUUCGCUCGCUCAGAGAAGACGUCCGUCAGCAUCUCAAGGGCAAGCUCCCGGCAUAUGCUGUUCCGUCCGUACUGGUUCCCCUCUACAGGUUUCCUCUGAAUCCCAACGGGAAAAUCGACCGCCCAGCACUCCCCUUCCCUGAGCCGUCCGAGCUCUCAGCAGCCGCGGCCAGACGACUCUCACACGUCACAGCCACGCUUUCCGAGACCGAGAAGACUCUCGCCAGCAUCUGGGGCAGUCUCCUGGAACGCGUGUCCGCAGACGCCAUCAGCCCUGACGACUCCUUCUUUGACAUUGGCGGCCACAGUAUCAUCGCGCAGACCAUGCUUCUCAAGGUCCGCAAGCAGUGGCGCACGACUAACCUCCCAAUGACGGCAGUCUUUCAAAGCCCGACACUGCGCGGUUUCGCGGCCGAGAUAGACCGGGCAACUGAUCCCCUGGGGUUGCGUAUGGAUGUUGCUGGGAAUGUUGAACCAGCCGUGGGGCAGGACGAGGAUUACUCCGCUGAUGCGCAGGAGUUGGCUAACCAACUACCGAAGAGUUUCACCGCUGCGAACGUGGACGGGUCAGAUAAGCAGACAGUGUUCUUGACUGGCGCGACUGGCUUCCUAGGGGCGUACAUCCUUGCGGACCUCCUCUCCCGCCCGUCGACCGUAAAAGUAAUCGCGCACGUCCGGGCCACAGAUCCCAACGCAGGCUUAGCACGCAUCGAAGACACGUGCAAAGCGUACGGCAUCUGGGACCCCUCAUGGCGCUCACGCGUCGAGUGCGUGACCGGGGAUCUCGCGUCGCCGCGUCUAGGUCUCAAGCCGGACGUCUGGGACCGCUUGACCAACGAAGUCGACAUCGUGAUCCACAACGGCGCCGUUGUGCACUGGGUCCGUCCGUACUCGUUCCUGCGUGCGGCGAACGUGCUGAGCACGGUUGCCGCGGUCAAUCUCUGCGCUACAGGCAAGCCGAAGCGGAUUGGGUUUGUUAGCUCGACCGCUGUACUGGAUACUGAGCACUAUGUGCAGCUGUCUGAUGGUAUUGAAGCGGAUGGUGGGAGGGGGAUACCGGAGUCUGACGACCUGGAAGGGAGCCGUAAGGGUCUUGGUACUGGGUAUGGGCAGAGCAAGUGGGCGAGCGAGUUCAUUUUGAGAGAAGCUGGGAAGAGGGGGCUGAAGGGCGCGAUUAUAAGACCGGGGUAUGUGACAGGCGACCCGCGGUCUGGUACAACAAUAACAGACGACUUCCUCGUCCGCGUCCUCAAAGCCUGCCACCAACUCCACGCUCGUCCGGAUCUCGGCCCCAACACCCUAAACAUGGUCCCCGUGACACACGUCGCCCGCGUCGUCGUCGCCUCAACCCUUCAUCCCUCAGCCCCUUCCUCCACGUCUGCAUUACCUGUAUGCCACGUAAUCAACCACCCUCGCAUAACCUUCAACGCCUAUACCGCCGCCCUCCCCACCUACGGCUACUCCGUCCCCAGCGUGCCGUACGCCGAGUGGCGCUCCAAGGCAGAAGCUUACGUCGAGCACGCCGCGGACGAGGGCGGCGAGGAGUGGGCCCUUAUGCCGCUGUACGAGAUGGCGACCACGGAUAUGGAUGUCAAUUGUCGGGCUCGUGCGCUGGAUGAUGCGAAUGCGGCGGCGGCGCUGAGGGCGGAUAAGGAUGCUACGGGCGAGGAUGUGAGUGGUGGGGCGGGUGUUACGGAGGAGAUUGUCGGGCGGUACUUAGCGUGGCUUGUGGCUGUGGGGUUCAUGGGGAAGCCGGAAGAGAAGGAAGGAAAGGAGUUACCGCGGGUGGAGUUGAGUGGAGAGCAGAGGGAGGCGAUGAGGAAGGUGGGCGGGAGGGGGAAGGGGAGUGCGUGA